GUACAGAAAGCAGGGCAGCAGACAGGAGUAAAAGUGUAAUGGCCACAUCUCUAGAAAAAGAAACAAGAACUGAGGCGCUGAAACCUAAGCAGCAACAGCAAAAAAGAGAUGUCAUGGUCACGGACGCAAAGUCUCAGGAAGCACAGGAGAAUGGGACAGCAUCCGUUAACAGCACAGUUGGACAGCACGAAAACAACACAGCUGUCCUGUCAAGGACACAGCACCGUGGAACAGCUGGUGUGGACAGCACGAUCAGAACUGCUACAGCCAACAGCACUCCAAAGAUUAGUUCCACAAACAAAACAACGAGUGCUGUCACCGAUAACAAAGACACUGCGAUAGGGGAAGAACCAAAAGCAAGUAGUGGUGCUGCUAAGACAUCUACAAGUGAGAAAGGAGUGCUCAGGACAGAGACGAUUAAAAACAGUGAAAACUCAUCAGAAAAAAUGCAAAAAGAGAAACAUACCGGGAAGCAUGUCACCUUUUUGGAGGAAAAAAAUGUAGGCAGGGGCACUGAUGACGAUUUACAGCCUGAAUUGGAUAGACCAGAGGCUCAGGAUAGUGUACCUCAUAUCAGUGAAGUGCAGAAGAAGAUUGCUAGUCAAAAAGGCCCGGGUGUUUUCAAUGACUCUUUCAAGACACCGUCACAACGAUCAGGAAAGGAGGAAAAAACAGACUUGAAACCACAAGAUGGUCGAGCGACCCUGCAAUCCAGAGAAAACGCUGAGAACAGUUCAACGGAAAGAAGAGUGGAAGAAGGGAAUGAGAGAGCAGAUGGAAAGAGGGAUGUGAGCAGAUCAAACCCUGUGAUUGUAGAGAUAAGAGGAGAGAAGAGAGGAAGGAGUGAUAGUGUUGACACAAAGCCUGGCAAAAGAUCAAAGACACACAAACAGAAAACAAAAGGUGGCAGGCAUGGAAAGCUGAAAUUCCCAGCCAACUUGGAUGUGGACAGUUUUCUGUCCAAAAUCCACAAUGGGAGCUGAACGGGGUCUGCAGAUGG